UAACUUCAGUCUUCAGUAUUACGUUAAUAGUGUGGUUUGUGCUAUGACUCUGUAUUUAAUUUAAAAUAAUAACAAGUACAACUUGUUUAACAAAUAAAGUAUAUAUUUAAGCAGUGAGAUAGAAAAUUUGAAGAUAUAUAAGUGUCGUCAAAAUUUCUAGUUCAUUAAGUGGUUGGAGAAUAGAAGGAUAUAUUUUAUUUUACUUGACUCUAGGUUAUACAACCAUUAAAUUGUUAAGUGCUUAGCAGAGUAAAAUAGUACACGAAUAUUGUCAUGCAGCUCGAGCACUAGAACUACAAUGUCAAAAUGAUCUGAAGUGUAUAAUGGUCUAAUAGAUGCAAACCAGAUCAAUUUUUUUGAACUACCUUAUCUGCCACUCCAGUCAUUAUAUACAAAAGCCCACUGAAGUUUACGUUUAUUCUGGCUUAUCUACUCAGAUUAUUUUCGAAGAUCAAAAAUCACCCUAAAAGGGUUAAAAAGUCUAGUUGCUAGUAUCUGUAAUUAAUUAAGAGAUAUGUCAACUGUCAAGUUCUAUGCCAAAUGUGACCGUAGAACGAUUGAAAUUCAAUUCACCAAUAAAAAAUUUGGAUUCCAAAUAACUUACGACUGGAAUAUUCUCAAAUAAAUAAUUCUAUUAUAGUUUUAAUUAGUGUUUUUAUACCCCAUACAAGAUUGCUUCCACAAUGACUGUCACACGGGUGGCGGAGUCGCGCACCGAGUUCAAAUUAAAAAGCUUACCCGAAGACGCUAUUUCGAGCGUUAAAUUUGCACCGAAAUCUAACCAGUACUUGCUGGUAUCUUCAUGGGACUGUUCUGUGAGGCUUUAUGAUGUGACCGCGAAUAUAGAAAGACAUAAAUACAAUCAUGAACUGCCGGUUCUUGAUGUUUGUUUUCGGGAUGCUGUUCAUUCAUAUAGUGGUGGACUAGAUCAGACUCUCAAAAUGUAUGAUUUGAAUGCUAGCACGGAGACUAUCCUCGGAGAGCACAAAGGAGCUAUACGCUGUGUAGAGUUCGCAUCUGAACUUAAUGCAGUACUCACAGGAAGCUGGGAUGGAACAGUCAAAAUGUGGGAUAGCAGAGUUCCAAACUGUGUCGGCACUUACAAUCAGGGAAAUGAACGGGUAUACACAAUGAGCAUAGUUGGCGAAAAGUUCGUAGUUGGUACAUCGGGACGUAAAAUAUUUGUAUGGGACGUUCGUAACAUGGGGCAUGUAAAUCAAAGGAGGGAAUCCUCACUCAAAUAUCAAACACGAUGCAUACGAGUGUUUCCCAAUAAGCAGGGCUACGUACUCAGCUCAAUAGAGGGACGUGUGGCGGUGGAGUAUUUGGACAGUAAUCCUGAGGUGCAGAAGAAGAAAUAUGCUUUCAAAUGCCAUCGGAUUAAAGAAGGAGGUCUAGAAAAGAUAUAUCCAGUGAACGCGAUCAGCUUCCACUCCGUGUACAACACGUUCGCGACGGGCGGCUCGGACGGCUACGUGAACAUCUGGGACGGCUUCAACAAGAAGCGGCUGUGCCAGUUCCACCGCUACAACACCGCCGUCUCCGCGCUCGCCUUCUCGCACGACGGCUCCGCGCUCGCCAUCGCCUGCUCGCAGCUCGACGACUCGCAGAUCGAAGCCUCCAAGCCCGAAGACACCAUCUACAUACGAUACGUCACGGACCAGGAAACGAAGCCUAAAUGAGACGCGAUCGCGUGAUGGAGGUUGUGGCGGCCGAGUACUGUGACGACUCUACUUUUGUAAUCCAAGGAUCCCGGGGAAGAACGAGUCUUGCUACUUGAAUAAAAUGACAAUUUUAAAGAUUCCAUUUCAGUUGUGAAUAUCGAAGGGUGACUACUUCCUGAUUAAACAUGAUGUGAUAAAUGUAUGUUGACGAUCUGUGUGCCUAGUGCGAGUUUUUUAACGUUCUCGAUAGCGUAAAAGUUAACUCGAAUUUGUAUGGAUUUGGACCAGCGCCCCUAGCGGCAAACGUAGGCAAACAUUAUGAGAUCGUUAAAGAACUCGCACUAAGCACACUGAUCCCAGAACAAAAUGUUAACUAAUAUCGCUAAUCAGACAGUGACGAUGCGUCCUACGUUAUGCCUCUCGAUUGUGAGGUUCAACCCGCGACAAACAACUCGAUGCAGUUGGUCACGGAGGACACAUUUACACUCUCACUUAAUGGAUUAUGUUACCUGUAUUCUUCGACCGACAUGAUAUUUAUGAUUAAUGAGCCACAACCGACCAUUGUGAUUAAAAAUAAUAUUAGUAAUUAACUAUGUUUAAGUAAUAAAGUUUACAUUGUC